CCCACUCUUUUCCCUUUCCUCUGUCUCUCUUCCUUCCUUCUCCAUAUGGCUGACCCUCGGCGCCAUCCCAUUUCCGCCGCUCGCCACCCUAAACCCUCACCAGCCUCCGCCGCAUCCUCCCCUCCCUGUGGCGCCUGCAAGUUCCUCCGCAGGAAGUGCAUUGCUGGCUGCAUCUUCGCUCCCCACUUUAGCUCCGAUCAGGGGUCCGCCCGCUUCGCCGCCGUUCACAAGGUCUUCGGCGCUAGCAAUGUCUCUAAGCUCUUGCUUCAUAUUCCCGUCAACCGCCGCCAAGAAGCAGUGGUUACCAUAUCCUACGAGGCUCAAGCUCGCUUGUCCGAUCCUGUUUAUGGCUGUGUUGCCACUAUUUUUUCUUUGCAGCAACAGGUGGCAUCUCUGCAAGCAGAGCUGGGAAUGGUGCAAAGUCAGCUGAUGAACAGUAGGUAUGCAUUAGCAAGUGCUGUACAGAGCUCGCAGCAGCAGCAGCCAAACAUGAACAUAGGACUCCAGCCAGCGUACUCCAACAAUUCAUCUGCUUCCACCAAUCUCAUGAUGAACAUGAGCAGCAGCUUCAGCCCUUCUGGUUUUGACCUUGCGAUGGAGGCCCCACCUUCUUCCCACAGCUUGGACCCUCUUCAUUUCUCUCGCUUGUCCAAGGACGAGGAAGACGAUGAACAAGAAAGCAGGAUUCCCCAUGUUUUCAACUAUGAGAUCCUUCACCCUUAAUCACUUGGCACCCAUUUUUGUUUAUGUAUUUUAGUUAUACCUGCUGUACAACUAAAACUACUGAUAAAUACCUAUAGACUAUAGCUGCAGUAAAAGAGCAGCUAAUGAAAACAUCCUUUCUCCGUCAA